ACCAAAUGGCUAAACAGAGCAAAAUCCCAUGUUGUUUUAUUGUUUUUGUUCUGGUGAAUCUCAUUUUCUGCAAUGGGGUUUUGUCUGUGAGGGCUGUGAAUGAGUUUAUAUCAGCCGUCGGCGAUUCGGGGAUGAGAAGGGACAAUCUACGGGUGGCGAUAGAGUCAUGGAAUCAGUGCAAUGAGGUUGGAGAAGAAGCUCUUCAGACUGGCAGCCCAAGGGCUGCCGAUUGUUUUGACAUAUACAAAGCUACUCCGCAGCCACAAGGAGAAUUUGGCUUCUGCAAUCAGCAGCUGCCCUAUGUAUUAGUCCACAGAGUCACAGAGCAAGACAACAAGUUAAGGAUGGGAGAACCUUUCUUUGGCCUGCAGGCAGAGUCUCAGUUUAACGUAGACCUUUACGCGGCGGAGAAGGAACUGUACCUGGGAUUUAAAUGCCAAGUCGAAGACACCCCAAAUCCAUGGCAAUUCUGGAUGAUCAUGCUCAAGAGUGGCAACAUGGACACUUAUGCUGCCAAAUGCCCCAAAAAUGGUCACCGAUUCGGGCCGUUUCCUGAUCAAAAUACCUUUCCUUGUUUUGGAAAAGGGUGCAUGAACCAGCCAUCUAUUUACCAUGACUAUACCAAGUUGCAAUUGCCUGAUAUGACUCUAAAGGGACGGUUUUUCGGGUCAUGGGAUUUGGAUGCAGAUUUGAGCAGAGGAAUGGUUGGGAAUAUUUCUUACCAUUCUGUUACUUGGGAAAAGAAACUUGGAGAGGGAAGCUGGGUUUUCCACCAUGUCUUGAGGACUUCAGCAAAGUAUCCUUGGCUGAUGCUUUACUUGAGAUCAGACGCCACACAUGGGUUUUCUGGUGGCUACCAUUACCCUACAAGAGGGAUGUCCAAAAUUAUUCCAGAAUCACCCAAUUUUAAAGUGAGGUUCACCUUGAAUGUGAUCAAAGGUGGGGGUCCUAGCAGCCAGUUCUACCUCAUGGACAUGGGGAGCUGUUGGAAGAACAAUGGGAAGCCUUGUGAUGGCAUUGUGACUUCAGAUGUCACCAGAUACAGUGAAAUGAUCAUAAAUCCAAACACAACCUCAUGGUGCCAUUCAAACAACCUCAAUGUGUGCCCACCUUACCACACAUUCCCUAACGGCACAUGGGUUCAUCGAAAUGACACUGCCCACUUCCCUUACGCUGCCUAUCACUUGUACUGCUCGCCGGGGAACGGGGAGCAUCUAGAGGCUCCUUCUAACUUGUGUGAUCCAUAUAGCAACCCUCAGCCUCAGGAGAUUUUGCAAAUCUUGCCACACCCGGUUUGGGGUGAGUACGGAUACCCUACAAAGCAAGGGGAGGGUUGGAUUGGGGAUCCAAGAACAUGGGAGCUGGAUGUUGGGAGGUUGUCACAAUCACUUUAUUUUUACCAGGAUCCAGGAACCCCACCAGCUAGAAGGCAAUGGAUGUCUAUAGAUUUAGGGGCUGAAAUUUUCAAGGACCCUGAUCAAGUUGCUGAAUGGACUGUUAGUGAUUUUGACAUCCUUGUGCCCAAGCAAUGAACUCAUUUACUGCAGACAAAGACACACUAGCUAGCUUCAGCUUGAAAUACAAUUAAACUUUUGAGUCGCCUAAAAUGGUAAAGUAAGUUAUAAGGGACCAACCUUUUUAGCUUUUCUUUUU